AUACACGGGUCCCCUGUUGGAGGAGGAAGCCCUGAACAAAGCUGCAGAAAAUGGAUUGGCUUCACCAGAAUUUUUUGAGCUUUGCAUUUGGUUAGGUUCCCAAAUAAAGUCACUUUGUAAUAUGGAAGAAAGCAUCACUUCAACAGAUGGUGAUAAAGAUAUAGAGAGCUUCCAGCUUGAGAUAAGUGGCUUUCUGAGAGAAAUGGCUUGUCCAUACUCAUCACUUAUAUCUGGAGACAUCAAGGACAGAUUAAAAGAGAAAGAAGAUUGUCUUAAACUUCUCUUAUUUCUAAGUACAGAACUUCAGGCUUUAAAGAUAUUGCACAGCAAGAAAAUUAAAGGCUCUCAUUUGGAAAAGCACAAUGAAAUUUAUCAGGAAGUGCAAGCUAUUUGUGAUGCACUGGGCCUGCCAAACUCCUCCUCUUCUGAUCUUCCUCCCUUGUUAACUAAUGUGGAACAAAAGAUAAAGGACAUUCUCUCAAAAGUUCAAAAUAACCACGUGGGGAAAUCACUGCUAACAAAACCUCUGAAUUCUGACCAAGUGGAAAGAUUGGAAAAAAUCAAUGAUGCUCUUCGCAGUGAGUACGAAUGUCGCCGACGUAUGUUAAUGAAGAGGCUAGAUGUGACAGUACAGUCUUUUGGCUGGUCUGAUAGAGCAAAGGUAAAAACAGAUGACAUAGCACGAAUCUAUCAGCCCAAGCGCUAUGCGUUAUCUCCAAAGUCAACUAUUACACUAGCUCACCUGCUUGCUGCUCGAGAAGAUUUAUCAAAGAUCAUAAGAACAAGUAGUGGAUCAACACGGGAAAAUACAGUCUGUGCAAUCAACAAGGUCCUGAUGGGGAGAGUACCUGACCGUGGAGGCAGACCAACAGAGAUUGAACCACCUCCUCCUGAAAUGCCUCCUUGGCAAAAAAGACAAGAAGGUGGUGGAAGAGGUGGCUGGGGAGGUGGGGGU